CAAAGAAAAUGUGACUGACCACCUACCCGAAAGUUUAUAAGCCCGUACCCAAUGUGUACUAUUGACAUCAUAUCUUCCCCCUUCCUUGCCAAUCUGCCUUCGAAUUGUCUACCCUGUUAAAAUUCAUCCAACCUUCUCUAGCUUUCCAAGCUGUUGCUCACUCGUAAUCUUCGCACCUAUUUAUCUAAUUUCUUCUUUUCAAUGGCACCUGGACUUGACUUCUUCAAGAGCUCCGAGUCUACCGACGCACCAGUCGUUCAAAUCAGCGCUGAUGCAGAACCUGAAACCAAUGGCACUUCCAACUCGUCUGCGAGCCCCCAGGUGACGCCUAAACCUGGUGUUUACUACAACUCCCGCUUCGACCCGGAGAACUUCCUGGAGGGAGAACUCUCUCUUGACGCUCCCACUCGUCUUCGUCAAAUGCUGGCUAGGCCAGGUAUCGUUAUUGCUCCUGGUAUUUGUGACGGUAUUAGUGCCCGUUGCGCACUCGAAGCUGGUUUCGAUUGUAUGUACCAAAGCGGCGCAGCAACCACCGCUUCACGUCUUGGCAUGCCCGACCUUGCCAUUGCUACCCUGAAUGACUUCGUCCAGAGUGCACAGAUGGUCUGUGGAUUAAGCCCGACUACUCCUGUUAUCGCUGAUGCCGAUACUGGCUUCGGUGGUACUGCUAUGGUUGCUCGCACAGUCUAUCAAUACAUCCGCGCCGGUGUAGCUGCCAUGCACAUCGAGGACCAAGUACAAACUAAGCGUUGCGGCCACUUAAUGGGCAAGCAGGUUGUCUCCCGAGAGGAAUUCAUUACUCGUAUCCGAGCAGCCGUCAUCGCUCGUGAUUCUUUCCCUGGUGGCUCGAACUUCGUCAUUAUUGGGCGUACCGACUCCGCUCAAGUCCUUGGCAUGGAAGAAGCUGUAAUUCGUCUGAAAUUGGCAGCUGAUGCCGGUGCCGAUGUUUGUUUCAUUGAGGGAGUUAAAACUGCCGAGCUUCUCACCUCCACGGUUGAAGCUUUGAAGCCCAAACCCGUCCUCGUUAAUGUCAUUUCUGGUGGCCUAACACCCUCCUUUACUUGCAAAGAGGCUGAGGCUCUCGGUGCUAAGAUCAUUAUCUUCUCACUCGUGUCCUGCGUUGCUGCUGUCCAUGGCAUUCGCGCUGCUAUGCAGUCUCUGAAGAAGACUGGCACUGACUUCUCAUCGGCCAAGGGCAUGGAUCCCAAGGCCUUCUUCGAAGUCAUGGGUCUCGAAGAAGUUGUCACCUUAGACGCAAUGGCAGGGGGUAGUUCCUUUGAGGUCGUUUAGAGCCUAUUCGGCAUUUGACUUCUCUGUCGAUACUUUUCUACUCUAAUACUCUUUUCAAAGCUGUUUCAAUUGUACACGGGACGAGCAUCGACAUCACU